CGUUUGCAAUAAAUGUCUGGCUGUUACCCUGGCCGCCAUUUUAGAUGACGAGAGGAGCGGGAGGCUUCGAGUGAGGGAAAAGCCCUCGCGGUGGGGAAAAGCGGCAGCGGCCGAGAAGCGGGGCAGGGCUGGAGCACAUACAUUUGCCAUGGUGGAGAUGUGGCUGAAAACAGGAGCAUGGGAUAUCAGUGCAUGAUCACGGAGCUCCACACAGUUUGGUUGCUUAAAGCUGCUUCAAUGGACCACAUUCACGGAGCUUGGAAGACUCUUCCUGAUGGAAUUGGAUUAAAGGAUUCUGUCUUCAAUGGAUCCAGCUGUAUUUCACCUACCAUUGUUGAACAAUUUGGUUAUCAGCGCAGAGCAUCUGAUGAUGGGAAACUUUUAGAUUCCUCCAAGACAAGUAAUACUAUUCGUGUUUUUUUGCCUAAUAAGCAACGCACAGUGGUAAAUGUACGUAAUGGAAUGACUCUUCAUGACUGUCUUAUGAAAGCACUCAAAGUUAGAGGUCUGCAGCCAGAAUGCUGUGCUGUUUUUCAAUUACCUACUGAACACAAAGGUAAAAAAGCACGAUUGGAUUGGAGUACAGAUGCUGCAUCCUUGAUUGGAGAAGAGUUACAAGUUGACUUCCUUGAUCAUGUUCCACUCACAACACAUAACUUCGCACGGAAAACAUUUCUGAAGCUUGCAUACUGUGACAUCUGUCAGAAAUUUUUACUAAAUGGAUUCCGAUGUCAAACCUGCGGUUACAAAUUCCAUGAGCACUGCAGCACAAAAGUUCCAACUAUGUGUGUGGACUGGAGCAAUAUCCGGCAACUCUUAUUAUUUCCACAUUCAAAUAUUGGUGAUAGUGGUAUCUCAGCACCUCCUUUGAUGACUCGGCGAAUACGUGAAUCUGUCUCUCGGAUGCCCGUUAAUUCUCAGCAUAGAUAUUCUACACCUCAUGUCUUCACAUUCAGUGGGACAAAUCCUUCUCCUGAAUGUUCCCUUUCUCAAAGGCAGAGAUCCACCUCUACCCCAAAUGUCCACAUGGUCAGUACUACUAUGCCUGUGGAUAACCGGAUAAUUGAGGAUGCUAUACGUAGUCACAGUGAAUCUGCCUCACCACCAGCUAUGUCGGGAAGCCCCAACAAUACAAGUCCAACAGGGUGGUCACAGCCUAAAACACCAGUCCCGGCUCAAAGAGAACGAGCUGCAGNGCACUUUGCGUACUUCACGGAUCACUGGGAUGGCUCCUCAUCUGAUAAGUGGGUACAGAACACCAUUAGGCACGGCCUGUCACUGGAGUUCCUUUCCAGCCCCCCAAAGUUUUUCCGGAUCUGCCCGGUUUCAAAUAACCCGGCACGGAGAUUACUGAUGCAGGAGGCCAUACAGCACCUGCUGGACAUCCGAGACAUCCAGCCAGUGCCUCUAGACCAGCAAGGCCAGGGGCAUUACUCUAUCCUUUUCGUAAUCCCCAAGGCAUCAGGGGACUGGAGGGCAAUUCUUGACCUGAAACAUCUGAACAGCUGUUCAGCUGUUCUGUUAUAG